ACUGUCCAAACCCCUCUCUGCUCUGCUCCUAACAAAGGCAGCGAGAACCAGCUGUUGAGACGGGGAGGAGGAGGCGGUGCUGGGGGUGGGUCUCCCGGGCCAACAGCUGUGCGGGAGGUCGGGGAUGGAGCUGCGGCACCGGGAGGCCUAGACCAGGGUGGCCGCCGCCGCCGAGUGCGGGGCUCCCGGGGCGCUCCGACAUGAAGCUCAAGAAGCAGGUGACGGUGUGCGGCGGCGCCAUUUUCUGCGUGGCCGUCUUCUCGCUUUACCUGAUGCUGGACCGGGUACAACAUGAGCCGGGCCGGCGGCACAGCGGCGUCAGCUUCCCGCGGAAUCAGAUUUCAGUGCUACAAAAUCGCAUUGAGCAGUUGGAGCAGCUUUUGGAGGAAAAUCAUCAAAUAAUCAGCCACAUCAAGGACUCUGUGCUGGAGCUCACUGAGAAUGCAGAUGCACAUCCAGGCCCAAACACCUUCCAAGCAAACGGCUCCUGGGUUUUACCAAUAGACAAUCAACAGACCUUCCUCUCAGUGUUUCCACAAGACUGCCAGUCUGCCAUUGGGAAUAAUGAACAAAAAACAGACCUGCAGAUGCUGGAUAUUUAUUCGUCCCUGAAGUUUGACAAUGUGGAUGGCGGUGCAUGGAAGCAGGGCUUCGAGAUCACCUAUGAUCAGCAGGAGUGGGACAGUGAGCCUUUACAGGUGUUUGUGGUGCCCCAUUCCCACAAUGAUCCAGGAUGGAUUAAGACAUUUGACAAAUAUUACUUUGACCAGACACAGCACAUUCUGAACAACAUGUUGCAGAAGCUCCAAGAGGACCCAAAACGCCGCUUUAUUUGGGCAGAGAUCUCCUUUUUCUCCAAGUGGUGGGACAACAUUGACACUCAGAAGAGGGCAGCGGUCCGCCGGCUGGCAGCUAAUGGUCAGUUGGAGUUUGUGACUGGAGGCUGGGUAAUGACAGAUGAAGCUAACUCCCAUUAUUUUGCAAUGAUUGAUCAGCUAAUUGAAGGACAUCAGUGGCUGGUGAAAAAUAUUGGAGUGAUCCCAAAAUCAGGAUGGGCAAUUGACCCUUUCGGACACAGCUCAACAAUGCCCUACCUACUCAAACAGUCCAACCUGACCAGCAUGCUCAUCCAAAGGGUACACUACUCCAUCAAAAAACACCUUGCAGCUACCAAAAACCUGGAGUUCAUGUGGAGACAGACCUGGGACACUGAUACAAGCACAGAUAUCUUCUGUCAACUGAUGCCUUUCUACAGUUAUGAUGUUCCACACACCUGUGGGCCUGACCCUAAAAUUUGCUGCCAGUUUGACUUCAGGCGCCUCCCUGGAGGACGCAUCAGCUGUCCUUGGAAAGUCCCACCUAAAAUGAUAAACGAUGCCAAUGUGGCAGAGAGAGCAAACUUACUUUUGGAUCAAUACCGGAAAAAGUCCAAGCUAUACAAAAGCAAAGUUGUUUUGAUUCCACUUGGAGAUGACUUUCGUUAUGACAAAGCAAUGGAGUGGGACCAGCAGUUCCAGAACUAUGAGAAACUUUUCAACUACAUGAACUCUCACCCUGAGCUUCAUGUGCAAGUACAGUUUGGAAGCCUGUCUGAAUAUUUUGAUGCUGUUUACAAGAAGAAUGGUGUUAGCCCUGGCAGCAAGCCUCCAUCCUAUCCAGUUCUCAGUGGUGACUUCUUCACUUACGCUGAUCGUGAAGACCAUUAUUGGAGUGGCUAUUUUACUUCGAGACCUUUCUAUAAGAAUCUGGAUCGAGUGCUGGAAUCACACCUCAGAGCAGCAGAGAUACUGUACAGUUUGGCCUUGAAUCAUGCUCGGCACUCUGGGGUGGAUAUGAAAUACCCGGUUUCCGAUUAUCGCUUUUUAACAGAAGCCCGGCGGAACGUAGGCCUAUUCCAGCACCAUGAUGCCAUUACAGGCACCUCAAAAGAAGUAGUGGUUGUUGACUAUGGGCUCAGGCUAUUUCACUCCCUUAUGAAUUUGAAACGGGUGAUAAUUAAUGCAGCUCACUUCCUGGUGCUUGAGAGCAAAAAUGACUACAAAUACGAUGAAUCUUCCCUUUUCCUACAGAUGGAUGACAGACGGCAAAAUCAUGAUUCAUUACCAGAGAAAACAGUGAUAAAACUUGCAUCUCUUCCCAGGUACCUGGUUGUAUUCAAUCCUAUUGAGCAAGAGCGUCUCUGUGUGAUUUCUGUUCUUACCACUUCACCGCGGGUCAAAGUUACACUAACUGAUGGAAGCAGUCUUCCCACGCAGAUCAGUGCAGUGUGGAAGUCGCCAUCUGACAUGGCAACCGAUACAUACCAGGUCUCCUUUGUUGCUUGGCUCCCUGCUCUGGGGCUAGCUGUGUUCCAGCUGUCUGAAUCAUUUAAUACACCAGUGAAUUCCAACGUGGCCAUCUACCUGCGCAACAGAGAUGUAACUGUGAGUAAGAAGGAGCCAUUCAGUGUGAAGAUCCUGGAGUCCUCAACAGAAGAUUUCUUCAUUGAAAAUCAGCACAUGCAAGUGUGGUUUAAUGGAGUCACUGGAUUGAUGGAGAACAUCAAAAGGAAAGACGACCAGCAGGAGCAGAAGGUGCGGAUGGAGUUUGUAUGGUAUGGAACACGGCCGUUUAAAGAUAAGAGUGGUGCAUAUCUCUUCCUACCUGAUGGUGAAGCCAGGGCCUAUAUUUCCAAGCAGACUCCGAUCACACGCAUUACAGAAGGCCCGUUGUUCUCUGAGGUCGUCAGCUUCUAUCGGCAUUUUCACCAGAUAAUUCGACUUUACAAGCUGCCAGGAGCUGAAGGCCUUUCAUUGGAUGUUUCCAUAGUCGUUGACAUUCAUGACCAGGUUAACAGGGAGCUGGCAAUGCGAUUGUCCACUGGUAUCGAGAGCGGGGACGUGUUCUUCACUGAUCUGAAUGGGUUUCAGAUUCAACCUAGGAAAUACUUCCAAAAGUUGCCACUUCAGGCCAAUUUCUACCCCAUGCCCACCAUGGCCUAUAUUCAGGACAACCGUUCACGCCUUACGGUGCACACUGCUCAGUCUCUGGGUGUGUCAAGCAUACAUAGUGGUCAGUUGGAGAUUAUUCUGGAUCGCCGCUUAAUGCAGGAUGAUAAUCGAGGCCUGGGACAGGGUCUAAAGGACAACGUACUGACCUGCAACAGAUUCCGCAUCUUGCUGGAGAGAAGAAUGACGUCAGACAAAGAACAGGACAGCAGGCCAGUGAGCUUCCCCUCGCUGCUCAGUCACACAACAUCAAUGCUGGUGAACCAUGAGAUUCUGGUGAUGCCUGUGACACCACAGCCACAGAAAAUCCCGCCCAUCCGAACCUGGCACCCACUCUCUGCCGCUGUACCAUGCGAUUUCCACGUGCUGAAUAUCAGAACCCUGCAGUCUGAGGUGGUUUCUGCCCCAGAGUUAGAAGCUGCUCUGAUCCUUCAUCGCAAAGGCUUUGACUGUGGGCUUGAGGCCAAGAGCCUGGGCUUCAAUUGUACGACCACACAUGGCAAGUUAUCAGUGGGGACCAUGUUUCAGGGUCUGGAUGUCGUGAAUGUGCAGCCAAUGUCGCUGACUCUCCUGUAUCCUGCCAAGCCCUUCAACAGCAGUCUUGUCUUCCUGAAACCAAUGGAGAUCUCCACCUUCCGCAUUCGGAUGGUUUGAGUGAAUUCCCAACAGUACUUCCUCACCUGGAGCUAGGAGUUGUAAGAUAGCAGCCAAUUAGCAAUAUGAACCAUGGCUCUUGGAUACAUAAACCCCAAGAUGUUGAUGGGGAGGGUGUUGGGGUAGGGCAGACUCAAAGACGGAAAAUGUGUAACAGAACAACUCUGAAUUUGAAUUGGUCAUGAAUUUCUAGUUGCUUGUAUAGUGAAAGCAGAGCCACACCAACCAAUGCACUUUAUGUAGAAAUUCUACAUGCAGUUUAUGCAUUUACCACUACAGUGUAUGUCACUUCAUGAAUUUAAUCGGCAAGCUGGACAUGAUUGUAAAUUCAUAACUCCAAAAGCAAGGACUAGAGCUCUGGUGAAUCUGGAAGUGUUCAGUUUACACCUGUCUCUGUCAUGCAAAAGCUCGUGUGCAGAAACAGAGCAGGCAAGUGUGGAAGUGUUAGUUGUGUGCACGGCGUCAGAAUAUUGUGCACACUCACAAUUGCUCAGUGUGCACACCUGGACACCUGAACUGAUCUAACUUGUGUAAUGCAUUCCUGAGAAGACUGACAAUGAAUUUCUCCUCAAGGUCUCUCCCAUUCAAAACUGGGGGGGGAGGGUGGGGGGGGGGUGUUGGCGAUGGUAGGAUAGUCUGUUCUUUGAAAGUACUUUCCCUGUUGCAGAUGAAUUUGACGUGGACUGAAGCUAAGCUUGUGUAAGCCAGUGUCUCCACGAUCCUGCUGCAUUUUGCCAUGUAAACCUCAGGCCAGUUGAUACUCUGUUCUCAUAUUGUUUAGGACUUGGGUUCUGGUGUCUGGACCAGCACUGGGACAUUCAAAGCCUCAGCUUCAUUCGUCAGCAUCUCCCUGGGUGUUUGUGCAAUAAUCUGUGGUUGUGCUGCAUAUUCAGAGUUGAAGGUGCUGGGUGACGUCAGGUCCCUUCACGUACGGCUGAGCUGCUAUGUGCGAUGUGCUUGUCGCAAUAUUUACAGCCCAGUACAAGACCUGAUCAGCAAUGUUAACAAAUAAAAAUGCUGUAAAUGCACAGCAGAUCUGGAUGCACAAAUACACAUCAGCAUUCGGAGCUUUCUGUACCACCUCCAGUAAAGCUAAAAUAUUUCAUGGAUUCUGGAUUCUGAAGGAUAUGCUGGGUAUUUUCAUCAUUUUUUACAUAUUUCAAUGUUCCUUGAUGUGUUCUGAUUCACAAUGUGAGCUCUAUGAUAGUUUUGCAAAAUGAUAAAGAGUAAGUUCUACUUCUGAAAGUUGUUUUUUAAGGUUAACUUGCUGCUCUUGGAAAUAAUCACUUUUUAAACAAAUUGUAAGGCAGUUGGAAUAAUUUGCGAUUGAAAAAUUAUGAAUUCCGUAGUCUGAAACUAGAAAAGAGUCCUAUAGAAAUUUCCAACAGAAAAAAGAAUUCUGGAAUAACUAAGUUGUACUUUGAACCAGUGAUAUUAGCUAUUUAAGAUACUCUUUUUUUAAAAAAAACAAAUCAUGUUGUGCUGGAAAAAUUGAAAAGAUAUCCAAGUGCAGAUAGUUUAUACUGAAAUUAAUUGACAAAUUUUCUGAAGGAAUGUUUUGUUGCACUGAUCUGAAACAGGACUGAAGUGUUAGUGUCUUAACUUCCAGCAGGGCAGCUUUUAUCUCCAUCCUUUCUAAGGGGAAGUGUUUGACGAAACUACUUUGACCUUCAUAACACUAAAUACAGAGCCUCAAGAUGGUUGAUAGUGGUGGAUGUAGCAUAAGAUGACAAAUUAAAGGUAUACCAAUCAACUUUCUACAUGAACCACAUUAUAUUUGCUGAAGUUGUCAGGUGUUCCUGUUGUGACACCCCUCAUUCAGGGGCCACUUGAUGAUAAUCUAGAUGUGCAUUUAACUAGAUUUUCUUGUAUCUUUGGAUUCAACCAUUCCUUGUUCUGUAAAAGACCCAGCGUUCCUGACGGGAUCAGACUGCUGUGUCUCCUGCUGCCAAUAGAAUCACUUGAACUUGGUGGAUAUUUGAUUUUCUUACAUCACAAUCGCACUUUUAUAGGAGCAGAACACAGUUACAAAUACUCAAUAAAACAUGAGAGGAACUGGA